AUGAAGUUCUCCGCUGUCACCGCUCUCGCUGCCCUCACCGGCUCUGCUGUCGCCGCCAACAAGGCCGUCGUCAUCAACGACUGUGCCACCAACAUCUACGUCCAGUCCGUCCCCUUCAACGGCGGUGCUCCCGGCCCCUUGACCACCCUCAAGCCCGGCCAGCGAUUCUCCGAGGACCUCCGCGCCUCCGGCUCCACCGUCAAGAUCGCCGACACCCGCACCUUGACCAAGCCUCUCUUCUUCGGCUACUCCUCCGACGCCAACAACGUCUACUACGAGCUCAACACCCAGUUCGGCAACCCCUUCGCCAACAAGCACAACAUCCUCAACCCUGGUGAUGGCUGCAAGAAGUUCGACUGCAAGGCCGGUGACGCCAACUGCUACAGCACCCCCAGCAGCCCCAAGAACUACGGCUGCCCCAACCCUGUUACUCUCUACACCAAGAUCUGCGCCAAGUAA